AGAAGAGCUAUUCCCAAAUGUGACCCAAGACUUGACAAUGAGAUGCCCUCUGGAAGCGAUUCAGUGAUGUCUUCACGACAAGUCUAUGCAAAGGAUUCAAUGGACAGAUUUGGCGACGAUUUGUCUGAAGUGUUAUUGUCUUAUCUGUCACUUAAAGACCGAUUCAUCACUGAAUGUGUGUCCAAACAGUGGCAAAGAGUGGUCUUCACGAGUGUUACGGACAUCACAGAAGACAUAGUCUUCCAGAAUAUGAGCGACAAAUCAUUUGAAUUAAUGGUAAAGAAGUGCCAAAACGUGCGAAGAGUUGAAUCCUUUGAUAACGCCUUUUAUACCAACGAAACAAUUUUGCCAAACAAUUGCAAUCAAUUGGAUUCAGUUCUUGCGGUGCUUUCGGUGGUAAAGCAAGUCUUCGGCAAUCAUUAG